UAUGAAUACAAGGAAUGAUCAUUAAGGCAAUGUGAAAUCCUUGUUUUGGGAACAUUCUUAAUGUUUACCUCCAUUCUUCGCUGAAAAUAUUUUAUAUUUAGAAAUGGAAGUAGAAUGUAAUAAUGUUACAAUUGAGGUAGUUAAUUAACUAUUAGAAUUGUAUAGAGUAAUAUUUUAAAUAAUUAAAUAGAUUGGAGUAGAAUAUUUUGAAUCAAUAAAAAGUAAUAAAUUUUUGAUUUUCAAAAAUAAAACUCAAUAAUUAUUGAUGAAGGGUACUGUUAAUUAAUGCAUGAAUGUUGCAUAUGAAGAAUUAAAGCAUGAAACAGCUUUGAAGAAAUCUAAACAUAUUUAAAGUCAUGAUAUUCUUCCUCCUCCAUCUCCUAAAGUUAUCAUUCCUUAAAAAUCCUAAAAAUAAUAAGAGUUAGAAAAUCAACUCAAAUAUAUCAAAGAAUAAGAUUAAAAAUUAUAAGUAAAUCAACUUAUAGAAUUUCAUGGCUAUGAAUCUUAGAGAGUCACAAGAAUACAUAAUAAGUUCAAAUAAUAAUUAUGAUAGAGCUCUUUAAGAAUAAGAAGAUUAAGUUUAAAUACGAUUACAAAGAAGAAGAAUGAAAUCAGUCAAAAUUAAAGGAUAAAAAGAAUGAUCUAG